AUGGAUCGGUACCUGCUCCUCGUCCUCUGGGGGGACGGAAAAGUGCCCGCGGCCGCUUCUGCAAAGCCCGAGCCCUCUGGGCCCGAGUCGUCGUCGCUUGAGGGUCCCGAGAAGAGGCCCGAUUUAUCAGCAGCAAAUGUUUAUCAACUCUUGAAAAAAAGCAUUAGUGCUUCGACUAGUCCAGAGGAUAGUACUUUCCCUGCUUGUUCGGUGGAUGGGAUACCUGGUUCCAGAAAGUGGUUCUUUGCGGUGCAGGCAAUCUAUGGAUUUUAUCAGUUUUGUAGUUCUGACUGGGAUGAAGUACAUUUUGAUGUGGAAAAAGAUGAAAUUGAAGAUGUUCUUCAUACAAAUAUUGAAGAAUGUUUGAAAGCUGUUGAGUGUUUCGAAGAAGAAGAUACUAAUAGAGGAUCAGUAUCCUUGGCUGACCUCUAUGAAGAAUCAGCAGAAAAUUUGCAUCAGUUAUCUGACAAGCUUCCUGCUCCUGGUAGAGCAAUGAUAGAUAUUAUCCUGUUGCCUGCUGCCAAAGAUCAUCCUAAAUUGAAAGACUGUUUGCCUGCUAUAGGAGCGUUAAAGCAUUUAAGGGAAUGGUAUUCAGGGAAAAUUACUAUAGCAGCAAAUCAAUGUGAAAUAAAUUGCCGGAAAAUUGCAGAGUACCUUUCUGCUAAUAUUGUAUCUUUAGUAGACCUCAGAGAUACUAUUGACUCAAAGGAGUUAUGGAGGGGAAAGAUUCAGAUAUGGGAGAGAAAGUUUGGAUUUGAAAUUAGUUUUCCUGAAUUUUGUUUAAGGGGAAUCACCCCCAAGAAUUUCAUUCCAUCUAAUUUAAAUGCCUGCUCUCUUGCCAAAAAGAGAAUGCUAUCAAAGGAUAAGACAGUUUUACCAAAGGUUUUCCACUAUUAUAGUCCUGCUUUGGAAUUUGUGCAGAUGGUAAAGUUAUCAGAUUUACCCUCCUACUAUAUGUCGGACAUUGAAUUUGAGUUAGGACUGACAAGGAACAGCUCCAAACAGAACUCCUUGUUGCUUUUGGAGCAGCUCUCUUCUCUGUGUGACAAGGUUGGUGCUCUUUUUGUAUUGCCUUGUACUAUUAGUAGCAUAAUUAUUCCACCUCCCAGCCAACUCAGUUCAAGAAAAUGGAAAGAAUAUUUGACUAAAAAGCCCAAGACAAUCAGUGUUCCAGAUGUUGAAGUGAAAGGAGAGUGUUCUAGUUAUUAUCUCUUGUUACAAGGUAAUGGCAAUAAGAAAUGUAAAGCUACAUUGAUUUACUCAGCCAACCAGAUCAAUGGCUCAUUUGCCCUCAGUUAUAUUCAUGGAAAGCUGAAAGCCAGGACAGAAGCCAAACUGAGUUUUCCUUUUGACUUCUUAUCACUUCCACAGUUUUCUGGGGAGCAACUUAUAAAAAGAGAGAAACACUUAGCUAACAUUCAAGCCUUGGCUUUGAAAGAGUACCUAAGAAGGAGAAAAUCUGCAAAACAGUCUGAAGCUGUUUCUGUUGAGGAGCUCAAGAGUCUUCUAAGACUAGCAAGGGAACGCUUUUUAGAGCGUUUUGAUAAGCUCAUUCCAAAAACAGUUUCAACAACGCUAGACAAAAUGGAAACCCCCAAUGUGCUAAGUGAUUUUAGUCCAGUAGAACCUGUUUCAUCAAAUCUAAUGGAGAUCAAGCCCUUGGAAUGGCCAGAAAGGCAUGUUCUUCAGAAUCUGGAAACUUUUGAGAAAGCCAAACAAAAAACAAGAUCUGGUUCAUUCCCUCGUACAUCUGAACAGUUACUGGGCCACAAAGAGGGUCCAAGGGAUUCUGUCCCAUUAGAUGCUAAAGAAUUGCUGAAAUUUUUCACCUCAGAUGGAUUACCAAUUGGAGAGUUACAACCUUUACAGAUUCAAAAGGGGGAAAAGUCUUUCAUCUUAACACCAGAACUUAGUCCUCAGAAACUUCAGGGUUUGCCUUUUGAAAAAGCCUCCGUAUGUCAUUACCAUGGAAUUGAAUACUGCUUGGAUGACAGGAAAGCUUUAGAAAGAGAUGGCGGAUUUUCUGAACUUCAGUCCCGUCUCAUUCGAUAUGAAACUCAGACGACCUGCACUCGGGACAGCUUCCCAGUGCCUACUGUGCUGAGCCCGCUGCCAUCCCCAGCAGUCUUGUCUGAACCGGGUAGUGUCCUGGAUGGAGAAGCCCUGCAAAUCGAGCGUCACACAGAAGGGGCCCGACAGAAAAGAGGGGCAAAAGAUGUGAAUUGCCUUUAUCCCCAGAAGAGCAGACUUGCCAAAGCAGGAAGUUCAGAUUCUCUUCUUUCCCAGAAAAUUGGCCACAGUCAUCUGCAGGCUGCCAGGAACUCCAGAAACCCCCAGGCAAAGAGAUCAUCCUGCUCCUCUGUCUCUGGUCUCAGCUCUGAAACUCUAAGAGUCACUUCCACCAAAGCCAGUUCGGGACUCAAAGGCACCCAUAAAUCAAAACCCCCAAGGCAGAUUAAAGAAUCAAGAUCACAGAAGCACACUCGGAUACUGAAAGAAGUCGUUACUGAAACCCUGAAGAAACACAGUAUUCCCGAGGCUCAUGAAUGUUUCACUGCUUGUAGCCAGCGGCUCUUUGAGAUCUCUAAGUUCUAUCUAAAGGAUCUUAAAACUUCAAGAGGUCUGUUUGAAGAAAUGAAGAAGACAGCAAACAAAAAUGUUGAGCAGGUGAUCGAAUGGGUAUUAGAAAAAACAAGAAAGAACUAA